UAACCCCACGGAAGCCGAAAAUCUCUGAAAAACCCUUUCCUCUUCUUCUUCCUCAAUCAACCGCCGUCUGCAGCUCUUCUCCGUCGCGUUCUGGAAGCGCCACCGUCACAAGGUAUCACGGAGCAGCAAGCGGUUAAGCAAUAAUGGCCGAGGAGCAUGAGGAAGUGAAGACGUUCAAAGAUUUGGGGAUAUGCGAGGAAUUGGCGAACGCCUGCGACACAUUGGGAUGGAAAAACCCUACAAAGAUACAGGUGGAAUCAAUCCCACAUGCACUCGAAGGGAAAGACUUGAUUGCCUUGGCUCAAACGGGUUCCGGGAAAACGGGUGCUUUCGCUCUUCCCAUCAUCCAGUCGCUCCUGACCGAGGCCGCGAAGAAGAGAUCAGUUGGGGCGUUCUUCGCCUGCGUGCUGUCGCCCACGAGGGAGUUAGCUAUUCAAAUUUCUGAGCAGUUCGAAGCCUUGGGGUCUGCCAUUGGUCUCAAAUGUGCUGUGCUUGUUGGAGGAGUAGAUAUGGUGCAACAAGCUGUUUCUCUUGGAAAGCGGCCUCACAUUGUUGUUGGUACACCUGGGCGCCUUAUGGAUCAUUUGACGAACACAAAAGGGUUCUCUCUCCGGACAUUAAAGUAUUUGGUCUUAGAUGAAGCUGACAGGUUGCUAAAUGAGGACUUUGAGAAGUCACUUGAUGAGAUUCUUAGUUCUAUCCCGCAAGACCGGAAAACAUAUUUGUUUUCUGCUACAAUGACUAAAAAGGUAAAGAAACUUCAGAGGGCUUGCUUGAAGAAUCCUGUGAAGAUAGAAGCAGCAUCCAAAUACUCUACCGUGGAUACACUGAAGCAGCAAUACUGCUUCAUUCCAGCCAAGCAUAAGGACUGCUAUCUUGUCUACAUAUUGACUGAAAUGUCUGGAAGUACUUCCAUGGUAUUCACUCGAACAUGUGAUGCAACAACGUUGUUGGCUUUGGUUCUUAGAAAUUUGGGUAUGAGGGCCAUCCCGAUCAAUGGCCACAUGACACAGUCCAAGAGACUUGGAGCCUUGAACAAGUUCAAAGCUGGAGAGUGCAAUGUCCUUAUAUGCACUGAUGUGGCAAGUAGAGGACUCGACAUACCUUCCGUGGAUAUGGUUAUUAAUUAUGACAUCCCUACAAACUCAAAGGACUAUAUUCAUCGGGUGGGGAGAACUGCUCGUGCAGGGCGGUCUGGGGUUGCAAUCUCCCUAGUGAAUCAGUAUGAACUGGAGUGGUAUAUACAAAUAGAGAAGCUUAUCGGUAGAAAGUUGGAUGAGUUUCCUGCUGAGAACGAUGAGGUACUGUUGUUGCUCGAAAGAGUCACGGAAGCCAAAAGAAUUUCCCAGAUGGUAUUUGAACUUCUCUACAUUUUGCCUCUGUGUUGUAUUAGUAGAAUAGAGAAAUGGGUUAUAGCAGCAGAACGAAAAUUGAAAGAAAGUGGUGGCAACAGGAAGAGGCGGGGUGGAGGAGGAGGAGAUGAGCAAGAUGAGGAGGUUGAGAGAUAUCUAGGCGGCAAAGAUAACCAUCCCAGAAAAUUUAAGAAGAACAAACGAGGAUGAAAGGCUUCUGGAAUGCAAUGCAAGUUCAAAUUAUGUUCAUUUUGAGAGAAAAUUUUGAUCUUUCGAAGGGGUACGUCGUAAACUUGUACCUCGUUAGAGGCUUGUAACAAUAUAACUAUGAAUUCGCUGUGUCUAUGACUAUGGAUUCUUGGUAUCAAGUGCAUGUAUUGUGAAGCAAGAUUUCAGAAGACGGCCCCCAAUAUAUAUACUUUUAUUGCAUAAUUUCAUUCCUUCGGUGAUUAUUUACUGAAGGAUAAGAGGGCAUUUUUGUCUAAAUCACA